AUGGCCAUAACCCCCAACUACGCCCUCCCCUCGACCGAGCUCAUCAUCCCCGACAACCCCUUCCUCCGCGCCGCCAAGCUCGGUCCCGCUCCCCAGCCUCCAGCCCAUGAAGACCCUGAAGAACGCCCCCAACUCCGCGUCGCGGCUCUCAUCUCCAACCACCGGUGGAAGGCCGGCAUCCGCGGUCCCCUGCGACCGCUUCCCCCGCGCUCCGAAGACGUCCAGGGAGCCUACUGGUACCACGACUGCCCUUACUUCAAAUCCAAGACACACUGGGUCGAGCGACCACUUCACUUGCGUCUUGAACCACCCUUUGCUGUCGUCGAGCCCAGAAAUAACAGCACUAGUAUGAAUUGUAGGAGCAACAACAACAACAACAACAACAACAACAACAACAACAACAACAACAACAACAACAACAACAACAACAACAACAACAACAACAACAACAACAACAACAACAACAACAACAACAACAACAACAACAACAACAACAACAACAACAACAACAACAACAACAACAACAACAACAACAACAACAACUCUGGAGGAGAAGUCCCCCUCGAACUCUGCGACUUGGGGUGCGGCUACCUCGCGCCGCGUGACACCGUUCUGUACAACAGCAAACGCGUCAUGGUCGAGACUUUGGAAGGGUUUAACUUGCUACCGGGCAGAUUCGACGACUGGUUCCUGUCUUGCUGCCAGUGCGGGAACUGGGAGCUAAACCUGCUCAAAGAACACCCGUCGGCGCAGGAUAGCCAUGUGAAGAGAAAAGUGAUUGGGUAUAACUGCUGCGAACACUGUGAGAGACCGGAUGAGAAUAAGUGUGAGUUGUGCUUUUCGUUGACCAAGUACUUGGAGGCGAAUUGUUGGCGGAGUGGGGAGCCGGUGCCUGGUGGUGUGAAGUGGAGGCAUGAGAGGGCGAGGGUGGAGAGGAAGGAGGGCAGGAGCCGGAGUAGGGGGAUGAGUACCUGUCCGGGUAUGACGACCGGCUCGUUGGCUUUGACUUCGGUACCUGUGUCGUCGGCGGCGGCGGGGACGGUGUUGGGGACGGUGAGGGAGUUUGCUAAUGGGGAGGAUGAGGCGUGGGUUGAAUAG